AUGCCGCAUAUCAAGGAUUUGAACGCCCAUGAGCGUCCCCCAGAGGGCAUCAAGCAGCGUUAUAAGCAAUACCAGAAGUCCACGCUUACGGAGAUAGAGUCUGACGACAGUAUCAUCGAUCUGCAGUCCUUGGACCCUCAAAAUCUCCCAGAGGAAAUCUCCUUAACGCAAUGGAUUUCCAGCGCAGAUUUUGAGCCUGUAUUUGACCAAUUCCUCGGCACGAACCAGGAUCUGCAGGGUGCUCGGCCUGCUAGGGAUGUCCCUGUUUUCAGCCAUCGUGCUAUUUCCGGUCUGCAAGUGAUUCCCUCGUUGCUUCCACCCGCAGUUCAGGUCGAGUUGUUAUCUCGUCUGUUCCACCGGGAUUUGUCUAACCCCCGGCAUCAAACCAACCUUCAUCUGCACUAUGAUAUCACCUAUCCUAGUGCGGUGAACGAGGUUGAAGCGGUCUCGGCCGAUAUUAGUCCAGUAGGCGCUUAUCCUCCGUCUUUCUUUGGAGAUGAUCCAGCCCGUGCCAUAGAGCCUAAAGAUCCAAAUGUGCACAAACCACUUACUGUCCAGAGCAUACUGAACAGAAAGCUACGCUGGGUUACUCUAGGUGGCCAAUAUGACUGGACCGCCAAGGUGUAUCCGUCGGAGCGUCCUCCCGGAUUCCCCAGGGAUAUUGCAAAGCUCCUGCAUGCGAUGUUCCCGGCCACUGAGGCUCAGGCAGCUAUUCUGAAUGUCUAUUCUGCUGGCGACCACCUCAGUCCCCAUCGCGACGUCAGCGAGGAUUGUGAUGUAGGCUUGAUUAGUGUCAGCUUUGGUUGCGAUGGCCUGUUCUUAAUCAGUCAUGACGAUGGCGAAGAUUGUGAGAUUAUUCGCCUUCGCUCCGGAGAUGCGGUGUAUAUGGAUGGCACCUCACGUUUUGCUUGGCAUGCAGUACCGAAGAUUGUGCCGAAUACCUGUCCUGAAUGGCUUGCUAAUUGGCCAUCAAGCCCGCAUGACGGUGCAGCUACCCAAUAUGAUACUUGGAGAGGUUGGAUGUCGGGCAAGAGAGUUAACCUCAACGUUCGACAAAUGGAAUCUGCGAAGCCUCAUGAUUGA